CCAGACUCUAAAGAAGAGGAGGAACAGCUGGACGAUUAUCCCAGAUAUUGACAUAGCUGAUGCCACUUUCGCCUGAAGUAAUACCAAAAUAGCAAGUCCCACGAUAUGGAUCUUCGCAUCUUGCUUCAUCAAACCACCCAUAAAGUGAUGAGGAAGGCGUUGCGGAAUGCAUUGACGCAGCGCGUCAUAUGACCAAGAUGUGCGCUCAACUCCUCAUAUGAAGCGCGAGAUUGGCCAUCUUUGCCAUGACGAGCAGCGACCGCCAAAGACUGGUGGGAAGCAGAGUUCCGAUGCUGUUCCAGCUGCUUCGUCAAAUAGUGUUGAUCCUGCAAGGUCGAUGACUCAGCCUAUCUAUGGCUCAUCCAUGCCUCCUCCAGCGACCGUCGCAUGGCCAAUGAGUGUUCCGUCAAGCGCAUAUCUCUCAACGAAUUUUCAGUCCUCACGUUGUCAUUUUAUGGUCUUUCCGCUAUGCGUCUCACUCAGUUAUUCCUGUGACUUAUUGGAAACUCUAGACGAGGGGUCUUUCUUCACCACAUCUCCAGCAGCGACACCCUCCCUCAUGCCUACGCCCACAUUCUCUCAGGCUACUCCCUACAUAUCAAGCCCUGCCUCUGCUACUGAAGCGACAUCGAACCCUCCGGCACAUCCUCCUGAGGCACCCGCUGAAGAGCCUGCACCCCCUCUUCUACCGUCUACCACCAAGACAGAAAUGUUUUUGUUGACUGCUGCAGAUCAGGAGUCAGGCACUCGGGAUGAACGACUGAGUCGCGUUAUUCGGAGCAAAUACGAGGCAGGUCUGCUCAAACCGUAUGAUCAUGUCAAGGGCUAUGCACGACUGUCAAGGUGGAUGAAUCGCAAUGUUUCUCGACAAUCGAAGCGGCAAAUUCUGCAACCGUUGUCGGCUGUUGCGCAGUCCCUACGCGAUAUCGACCUCAUUUUCAUAGAAGAAGCUUUUGAGCGAUUGCUUCUUCAUUCCAACCAUGUCUUCUCAGCCAUGAAUGCCCCAGCGUGUCUCUGGCGCCGAAUGGGUGAGAUCUAUAAAGGAAACCGCGAGUUUCCAGAACUCAUAGGUGUCGAUGGACAUAUGAUGCGAGGCGGCCACCUUUGUAUCUACGAGCUUAUUGUAGAAGAGUCGGCAGUCAAUUGUCGGGAGGUGAAAAUAUGCAAGUUUGACUCUUCCCAGAAGGCCGAGGGCUUCAUCAACUGCUGUUUCUCAUUUACAAUCAGGCGGGAUAAGUGGGGCAUACCGAGUAUGAUCGUUGGGAAUCUCAUCAAGUGCUGA